CAACAAAAAUGGCAGCGCCCAGCGGAAAGCUUGCGGGUUCUUUAUUUGUACGUUUAGCAGGACUAUCUGGUGCCACAGCUGUUGGAUUGGGUGCUUAUGGAACUCAUGUAUUGAAGCCCAGAGCUGAGAUAGAGCAUGAGAAACAGGUAUUUGAUUCAGCCAACAAGUAUCAUUUCCUACAUAGCUUAGCUCUAUUAGCAGCACCGUUAACGAGGCGCCCGAUGCUGGUUGGUUCGUUGAUGGCAAGUGGAAUGACCUUAUUCUGUGGGCCGUGUUAUUACUAUGCAAUGACGAGUGAUCCGACUCCAGUGAAAGUAGCUCCGUAUGGAGGUACGCUUCUCAUUGUAGCGUGGGUUGCUAUGGCCCUUUGAGCGACCAGACAAUGCCGUGGUUCUAUUAUCUCUAGAACUAUUAUUCUCAUAUUUUAUUUCUUAUUUUCUGGCUCACUUAAUAACAUGUUUAAAAGGCAGUGGACACUAUUGGUAAUUACCCAAAACAAUUCUUAGCAUGGAAACUUACUUGGUAACAAGCUAUGGAGAGCUGUUCAUAGUACAAACUACAUUGUGUUGUGAGAAACAGAUCCCUCUGAAGUAACGUGUUUUUUUUAGGAAGAAGUCAUUUCUCACUUAAAUGUAUGAAUUGCGAGACUU